CGCUUUCUGGGUCAGGCGAUCAUCCGGCAUUUACCGGGUGACGUCUUCCCGGACCUCCCUUUUGCUCUUAGACGCCGUAUUCGUAGCCGGGUAUUUGGCUUUACUUACCUGCAACUGCAGCCCUUGGCUCUCCAUACCAACCUUAUGGCAUGGAACUUUUACUUGUCCUGCUCACAUUGGUUCCUAUACCUUCAUUAAAGCUUCGGAACAAGAAGGCUUCUGGCGGGCGGCGAGAAGAGUCCAGUUGGUGCCCAGAACCGUACUCUGUUGCUAGGCCUGGCAUCUCCCUGAGCUUUCUGGCAGUGGUAUGGGCGUCGACAUCGAAGCCCCUGCCUUUGGAAAUCUAUCCAUAUCUGAUUCCUUAUUAUGGCAUUUCCGAGUCAAGCCUUGCACUCCUUGGACCUGGAGCUCAAAAACUGUCUCCGAUUCUAGGUAACAUCUUCCGAGAACAUCCGCAGAGCAAACGGCCAUGUAAGGGUCCCAUCCCACUCCGCGGCGGACCUCGACCUGAAAAAAAUCAUCGUUGCAGUGGAGUCAAUAAGAUGCAAGUACAUCCGAUGGUUCUAAGUUACCGGGGAACGCAAUUGUGGUUACAAUUGGAAAGUCGGCGAAGUCGGGGGCCGCCAAAUGAUCUAACCGACAGGCUGAUUCUUCUCUAUGAUAACCGUCUAACAGUCUAACCACUAUUGCACAGAUACAGAUCGCGAGCUGACACUAUGAAUGGUGGUAUUUUUCGUUAGGCCUCGACUCUCGAUCUCCAUCUUGAUCCCCGGCGGCAUCCAGCGACCCUAGGCCUGUUCUACGUACCCUUCGCUUUUCAAGAGCAAGUGUCCCUAAUUUCAAAGUAAAAAAGUUCUGGAAAAUCUUCUCUUGCAAGGAUCGACCUCCGUGUCGUCAUGACAGACAGUACGCGGUGGGCUUAUAGCGGCCCGACGCCUAUACAAUUGAGAUCACAUCGGCCUCCUUCAUGGAUUUA